AUGUUCUAUCUCAGUCAGAAAAAAAAAACAGAUAGCACAAGUGAAUUCAGAGGAGUGAAUGAUGCAACAAUUAAUGCCCUGAGAUGGAAAGCUGACAAGCCAUCUAACUUUGCUAUAAAGGCUACUGGAAAUUUUGCUCAUAUUAAUAAUGGGAAACCCAAACCAAUGUUAUGUUUAGAUCUUGAAAAGCGUCUCUUGAAAACUGAGAAAUGGCUUGACUUGGCAUUAAGGACUGGAAAGUUUUUUGCUGAUAUAUGUGAAUCUUUAUGUAGAAGAGAUAUCAAAAGUACCAACUGA